GUUGCUAUGUAGUUUGUUUAUUAUCUGUUUACGGUUGCUAGCUAAAGGAUAGCAGCCAGCGUAAAAUAACUUGUGAGGUGUUAUUAUAAUGUCCAUAUGAUAUUUUGAGUUCUGGAGAGAGGAUACAUGCACCUUUAAUGAUGUUAUCUUAGUUUCCGAUGUGGGAACAAGGCUUUAAUGAGUACUUUGGAAUCGACGAUGAAGGCUUCAGUAGAAGAAACACGUUGGAUCCAAUGAUGUACCAACAGGAGCAUCACGCUGGAAUCAACAAAGGCUUCGAGGAAGAAAUAUAAUCUUGAAUAAGGAGGAGAAAUGUUUGCCUUCUACGUGUGAUUGAAAAAAGUUGACACUCACAUGAGUUUCAAGAAGGAAGCCAAGAUGGGGGACAUCUUAGCCACUGAAGCCAAUCUGCUCGGGAUGAUCAAGGAGUACCUCAAAGUUGAACAGUUUGAUGAGACUGCUCACAGCUUUGACAAGGAGUGCAAAAGCAAAGGAAAACUUGUGUCCAAGCCUCAAGGAAAUGCUCUGAGGGACUUAAAGACUCAUGUCAUCCAGAAAGACCUACUUAACGCUUUCGAUGAUGGAGACUACAAGGUGUUCUUUGAGCUGUGGACGGAGAACAUUCCAUAUGAUGCAAACAACACAGAGGCCCAACAACUGGAGUUCUACCUUCACAUCCACUUUACAGUCUACCCACUGAGAAGCCACCCUGGAAGACACGACCGGGAAGAGUUUGAAGAGAGGAUUUCUUAUUUCAAGAAGUACCUGGAGACGCGAGGAGGAGCACUGAGCCAGGCCACAGAAUUUUUGCCUUACUAUGCCUUGCCCUUCGUGUCCAAUCCGAGCAUCCAUCCCUCCUUCAAGGAUCUCUUUAAGGAUUCCUGGAUACCAAAGUUGAAGAAUAAACUUGAAGAGUUUCUGCCUGUGACCCUCAAGCCUUCAAACUGUCCAAGGCUGCUGACGUUAUAUAAGGAGGGUGGAAAGAGUUCUAAAGAGGUCGUGCAGCAGCUCCAACUCCAGCUGGCUGAGUCGGAGCGGCGCGCUUCCAGUCACAUGCGGAAGUUCAACAAGAUGCAAGCUGACUAUUACCAGCUGAUUGGAAUCACUGCUGAGCUGGUCGACUCUAUGGAGGCCACCAUCAGCGGAAAAACGAUCUCCCCUGAGUACCUGCAGAGUGUGUGUUUUCGCCUGUUCAGCAGCCAGAUGAGGCAAAGUGCGGUGCAGAUGAGCGACUUCACCAGGCCUGGAACUGGAUAUUACUCUAUGAGUCCCUAUGAUGAUGGCUAUGCUUCCUCAAUGCUACGAGCAUCCAUUGCACCACAACCAAAGGAAGUGCCAAUGCUGCCCUCUUUGGAUUAUGUGAAGUUGAAGAAGGACCUGCUUGAAGGAUCAGACCGCCUCAGGUCCAUGCUGCUUCAGGCGCUGCGCUGGCGACUGACUCGCUCACUUCCUGGUGAACAGAGGGACACCGUGCUUCAGGCCUACAUCAGCAAUGACUUGUUGGAACGCUGCGACGCAAAGCAGGAAGUGCUUCUUUUACUGACUUUGAAGAAUGACAUGGUGCGACAGUACAUGGCUCGUCUCAUCAAUGCAUUUGCCUCCUUUGCAGAGGGGCGGGCUUACCUCUCCCAAAUCCCGUAUCUCCUUAGAAUCCUGAUGGACACACUUACCACAGAGGAGAAGGACUCCUUGACCAGAGAGAAUGUACUAGUGGCUCUGCAGAAACUCAGCCUGAGGAGGAGCCAGCAGACGAUCAUGAUAGAAAAUGAUCUGAUUGGCUGGCUUGUGGAUGAACUCCAUGACUCAGACUGUCUGAGUGAUUCCACCCUAGAGUAUUCUGCAGCUCUUCUUAUGAACUUGUGCCUGCGAACAAAAGGAAAAAGGAAGUGUGCAGAGAACGCAAAGCACGUGCUGAAGGUCCUAACUGACCUCCUUGGACAUGAGAACCAUGAGAUUCGUCCAUAUGUGAAUGGAGCACUGUACAGCAUCUUGUGCAUCCCAUCUGUGAGACAAGAAGCAAAAGAGAUGAGUGUGGAUGAGAUCCUUUGCUGCUACAGCAAAGAGGACAACCCCGAUCUUAACAGGCAAAUCGGCUUCAUCAUUAAAGAGCUCAACUCAGCUGAGGAAGAAGGGCCAGAGUCGGACGACGAAGAGGAUGAGGAUGACAAUGAUGAAGAUUUAAUAGAGGCAGACCUGGAUAAAGAGGAAGUCCUCCAGCCUCAGCCCAGGGAGCUGUCUGGGGAAAGUCUGCUCACCACUGAGUACCUGGGUAUUAUUACCAACGUACCCAAAGUGAAGAGGAAAUCGACCCGACAGCAUCAACCAAGCGCUGACGAGCCCCUACAGCGGCCGGUGACCCCGAGCUCUCAUCGUAACACUAACGCAGGGGAUUACCGCCCAGGAAAUCAGGGUGGUGAUGGAGGCAGGGAGGUUGGGAACAGGAAUGAGCAAAACACCUCCUCUCCGUUCAAAUACGGCUCGCGACCUCACACAGGCUCUGGCAAUCGCUCAUGGGCGGCUGACUCCCUGCAUCAGAGCACAAACUUGGAGUUCGGCCGUCUACCUGAGACUUCUGAGCUGGACCGAUCCUACGAGGCCCAAGCAAGAGACGGAAACCUGCAGAAGGACAAACCCCAUGACAAUUUAUCAAGCGGAGAUUCAAUCGCGGCAUUUGUAAGCAAACCUAAGAUCUCCCGAACUCCUGAACCAGGAGCCAUGCCGAGAGACACCGCCUGGACCCUGGCGCCCACGUUUUCCCACUCUGAACCCCAGCAGAGCAGCCGGCCGUGCUCUGCAAGCUCCGCAAGUGGAGUCGGAGAGCAGAGUGGAGGCAGCCACUCAAAGCGGAGGUGAAGAGGGAGCUGUCACCACGACGUAGCUCUAUCUCCCCCGGAGCAUCGGGCUUCCUGUAACCUCAUCCUUCCAGGUUUUGAUCAGGGUCAGGGUAACAGAGAGGGUCCAGAAUCGGCGGCGGGGGCGCAGGGGCUUGAACAAUGCAAAGGAUUGUGGUCCUGCAUUUUUUUUCUCGGCUUCAGCGCAGACUUUUGUAACCUAAUAUGGGGUCAGACAAUAAUCGCGUCCCCCAGCCGGCCAAGCUGGAGCUCUUUGUGGCCUCGUUUGGCCCUCAGUUUCUCCACUCUCUCUCGCAACGAGGUCACACUUGGCACACCUGAAAAUGUGCAACAUCCUGCCGCCAUGACAGGUCACAUAGCUAAGAUUUUUUUAAACUGGAUCUAUUAUUUAUUGUAAUGUUUACUGCUACAGAGUUAAGGGACGAUGACCUAACAAAGAAAUAUGACAUUACAUCGUUUGUUCCAAAAGCUCUGACACAGACUGAAACAAUGUUUUAUAAUAUAAAAAAUCCUAGGAAUCCAAUGAAUCCAUUCCAGACCCCCAAAAAUAUAAGCAAAAAGUACCAUUUAAUAGGGAAUAAUUCUACUUUUACAUGCAGAAAACAAUGUGAAAUGAUUAUAAAUGGUGAAUGAAAUGAAUAAAUAAAAAACAUUUAACAUCACUACAGAAAAUGAAGCAGGAUUUUGGCGAAAAUUGCCAUAUCAUGGGGCGUUCAAAAACCGAGGUUUGACUGUCUGUAUAUAGCAGGGGUGUCCAAAGUCCAGCUCGAGCCUGUUUAUUUUAUUAUUUUAUUUUUUUAUCGGCACCUGGCACCUUCUAAAAAUAGAAUAGAAAAUGGAAAAAAAACAAACCAUCCACAACAGCAAAAAUGGAAAAAUCAACAGUAAUUUUACAAGAAUAAAGUCAAAAUAUUAAGAGAAAAAAGUUGUACCGUAAAGCACCGUGUAUAAACCGCACCCGUGUAUUAACCACACCCCCAUUUUCAGGCUCAUGCCGGGGAAAAAAAAUUUUAGUUCAUAAAUGCUUGCCAACACUUUCAUCUCAAAUCAACAUGCGUAAAGGUACAAAACAAUUUCAAAAAGAAGAAUAAAGGAGAAAUCUGAACUUCGGCAUCUAGAUCUUUAAUAUUAUGGCCAAGCACAGAUUAAUAAUAAUAAUAAUAAUAAUAAUAAAUAAAAAUAAAGAAAUUUGCAAUUUUCAGAGAUGUUUUGAUAUCUUAUCUUUCACUCCUUCUCUUUUUCUCUGUUAUUUUUUUGCAUUGCUUCAGUGUGAAUUUGAAUCAACUCCAACGUUGUAUUGUAUUUUACAUUGGAAGCUUAGGUUAGCUUCAGUGUAUAUAGAGAUCGUUUCACUGUGAAAAUACAGACAGCCGUCACAUAAGUUACUGUAGUUGCAUACACAAGCAUUUUCAGCAACUGUACAGCAGAGGGCGCUAAAGUCAAAGCAACUGUCUGACCCACAGACGGCUAUUCUAAAAUGGACUUCUCGUCAAUUUCUGCGUCUGGUCACAGACCUGUCAUCGUGUAGAAACCGCACCCCGAUUUUUUGCUUCUUACCAGUGGAAAAAAAGUGCGGUUUAUACACGAUGCUUUACGGUAAUCUAACAAGAAGAAGUCCUAAUUUUACGAGAACAACACUGUAAUAUUAUAAAGAAAAUUCAUUCAAGUCAUUUUAGGCAUACAUUUGAAUAUUAAAACGUUUUGGAGUCGUAAUAUCAGAAACAAACAAAACAACGAAUAAAGUUGAAAUUUUGGGUAAAUUAUGUUGAGGAAAAGUUAUAAAGUUGGGAGAACAAAGUCAAACUAUGAUGGGAAUAAAGUCAUAAUUCCGAGAAGAAAAUUUAUAAGAAGAGAGUUGAAAAAGUUGGAAAAAAGUUGAAAAAAUGAAAAAACAGCUGUAAUUUUAUAAAAAUAAAGUCAAAAUAUUAAGAGAAAAAAGUUGUAUUCUAGCGAGUAAAGUUGCAUUUUACGAUAAGAAAUACGUAAUAUUAUGAGGGGAAAAUAAUGGCAUUUUAGUCAUAGUUUUUUUAAAAGUCGUGACAUCUUGUCAAACAAACAAAACAAUAAAAUUGUAAGUUUUAGAAAAUUUAUUUGUGGAAAAAUGGUAUCAUUAUGACAAUAAAAGUCCAAAUAUGAUGGGUAUACAGUCACAGUAUAACAAAAAGAAAAUUUACAAAGAUUAUUUAAGAAGAAAGUUGAAAUAUUGGGGGAAAAAAAAAAAACAGCAAAAAUCAGGGGAAAAUAAGAACAAAAAGCUUUUUCAUCUGUAUCACAAAGCUGAGAUGCAUCAGUAUGUGGACACCCCCGGUAUAUACAGUACAUUAUACACGUGGUUUUUAUUAUAUAUCUUUUGUUAGCGCUGUCAUCUACCGCUUAGUGUACUACGCACUUAAUUGAAGUUAUAAAAUCUUUUUAUUUAUCAAUAUCCACCAUCAUGUACAUACAUCCUAUGGCAAAAAACUUGAAAUUGUGUGACUGUUGUAAAUGCAUCAUUCUGUAAAUUGCACAUUUGCACUGUUGGGAUAUAUUUAUGUGGAUUGCAACAUUGGUUUUUGUUACGGUAAGACAUCUUGGCGAACAUUGCAUUGGCACACAAUAAAUGACAUGCAAAUAAUCAAA